AUGGCACUGCCCGCGAACUCGUCGACGUCGGGCUCUUCUCUACUCUCUGAGAGCGAGCUGCCGGCGGGAAUUUCCUACGCAGAGGCGAUGGAAGGUAACACGCGGCCUCUGCUGCAUCCGGACAACCCCGUCGUCUUUCUUGACAUUGCGAUCGGCUCACACGAGGUCGGCCGCAUCAAAAUCGAACUCUUCAAAAACAUCGCCCCAAAGAGUGCAGAGAACUUUCGACAGUUCUGCACAGGCGAGUUUCGGCAGAAUCAGGUCCCGAUUGGCUACAAAGGUGUCUCUUUUCACCGCAUCAUCAAAGACUUUAUGAUUCAGGGCGGGGACUUCGUGAAGGGCGACGGCACGGGCUGUCUGUCGAUCUACGGGAGUUCGUUCGCGGACGAGGCGUUUGUGUUGCCGCACUUUCGCAGCGGCCUGCUGUCGCUCGCCAACAGCGGCCCGAACACAAACGGCUGCCAGUUCUUCAUCACCUGCACCAAGUGCGACUGGCUCAACAAGAAGCACGUGGUUUUCGGCCAGGUGCUGGGCAAGGACUCGAUGCAGGUGGUGCGGAAAAUUGAACACGUCACCGUCGACAGCAACAACCGCCCCCGCGUCCCCGUCACAGUCACGCAGUGCGGCGAACUCUGA